GCGCCCGUCCAUCCUCGCACUCAGCGCGUUUAGGAGGGACGGUGAGAGAGAAACCAAAGCAACACCAGCGCAGCAGAACCCACCCGCCAGACCACCAGGAACCGUGAGGAACCGCAGCGCGAGGGAGAUCCAGGCUCAGUGCGCGCCCGGCGAGGCUCGAGCUCCUGUUCGGACGGAGCUGUUAGUUGUGUGGGGGUGUUUUCGGCGGGGUCUCCGGGGGUGUGCGGGUGAAGCGCGAGGAGAGGCUCGAGCUCUUUGUUUGGCUGCUCGCUUUUGUUGGAGUGGAGCGAUGGGAGCGCAGUUCUCCAAAGGAGCCGCGAAGGGCGAGACCGCGGCGGCGGACAAACCCGGAGAGGCGGCGGCAGCCUCCUGCAAACCAAACGGACAGGAGAACGGCCAUGUAAAAGUGAACGGUGACGCGUCUCCUGCAGCGGAAGAGGGAAAAGAGGAGGUGCAGGCGAACGGCAGCGCGGCAGCAGAGGAGCAGCAGGUGGAGGGAGAGGAGAAGGCAGAGGCAGCUGCUGCAGAGGCCCCAGCUGAGAAGGAGGGAGGAGAGGGGGAGAAAGAGAAGGAAAAUGGAGAAUCCCCCGCUCCUGCAGCAGCCGAGGGUGAGGCAGCCACACCCUCAACCAGCAAUGAAACCCCCAAAAAGAAGAAAAAGCGUUUCUCCUUCAAGAAAUCUUUCAAGCUGAGUGGCUUCUCCUUUAAGAAGACCAAGAAAGAGACGGGAGAGGGGUCUGAAGAGGCAGCAGGUGCUGAGGCUGUGGAAGAAGCUAAAGCAGAAGGAGGCGAUGCAGCGGCUGAGGAGGCCAAACCUGCGAGCGAGGAGGCCAAACCUGAAGCAGGUGAGGCAGUUGCGGCCACCAGCCCAGAGAAACCUGAAGCUCAGCAGGAGGAAGAACCUAAGGCUGCCAGUCCAGCAGUAGAGGCUCCAAAAGCAGAAGAUAAGCCAGCCGAGCCUGCAGCAGAACCAGCUCCCGCUGCUGUCCAGGAGGAGGCGCCAAAGGCAGAGGAAGAAGCAGCAGCAGCUCCCGCUGCAGCAGAGACGGCAUCCAGUCCGGCGCCAACUACUGAGCCUGCUGCGGCGGAGUAACAUACACACCCGCACACACAUACAUAUGGGCACACACAAUACAACACACACACACACAUCAGAAAAAAAUACAGAAAAAGGGAGAAAAAGAUUGAGAACCUUUCCCUGUUUCUAUGCUGGAGUUGGUUCCGGGUCCACAGGCUUUGGAGAACUUUCUCUACAACCAGGGAUAUUUUUAAAGUUUUUUAUUUCUUUUUCUUUUCUCUUUCAUAUCCCCUACCCCACACCACCCAUUUACACAUUUAUCCCAGGAGCCAAGAGAGGUGGAUGGCUGAAACCGAGUAAGGAUAAAAGAUAAGCAAAUUGUCUACAUCUUAUUUUUUUUUUCAUCAGUAUUAAUUUUUGUUGCCUUUUCUUUUUGCGUUUUUAUACAAACAAACUAAAAAACAAAAAAUUGUCAACUGUAUGGACAUGCCCUUGGUAUGAAGCAGGUGGGAGGGUUUGGGAUGCAAAUGACGGGGUGGGAUUUUGGGAGCUACAAGGUGCGGGGCAAAGGAUGGCACCAUCGUGCCUGGGAUUUGUGCCGCAGACUACACUGUGAAAGAGUAGUCUUAAAUGAAUAAGUGACCAACUACUAUCUACCAGUUUACAACACUAAAGUCCUUUUUGUUUUAAAAACUCGGAAGAUGACAAAUAUAUUCAAUUCCCAGCGCUAGGUUUUAGAAAGACAUUAUAAUGGUAGGAUUUCUGCUCUAUAGCUCUUUCAGUCAGUGGUUUUUGUAGGAUGCCGGUGGCUGCCGCCGGCUUUCUGAGCGUAUAAACCUGUAAGUAUGUAUAGGAGGGUGUUUUUAACUGUGAUUUAUUGUACAAAUAAAAUCUUGAUCUCUAAAAAGCACAUGCAGCUGUUUUACCACCAAGCUCAUUUUUUGUAAGAUAAAGAAAUAGUAAAAAAAAAAGACAUUUUGAAGUGAUUUUGAACUCAAACCAAGCUGUGACUCUCUUUCUACUGUGGUUUCUAAUUACUGCAGAUGAUGCAUUUUCCCCCCAGUGGUCUUAGACAAAAAAAGGAAUCUCUCUUUCAGAUGCAAAAUGUCUGUGUAGCAUCCUGUCUUUCUCUUUUCUUUUCCACUGUAAAUACUGGAGAAGCUUUGACCAAUUUGACUUGAGAUGGAAUGUAACUUUGCUUACAAAAACUUGCUAUUACGUCUCCUGCUCGAAGUGUUCGGAUUUCUGUGAGCACACUAAAAGCAAAAUAAAUGUGAAUAAAAUUUCAA